AUGGAGGCGAGGGGCGCGCGCGCGGCCCUGUGCGGGGUCACGCUGCUCUGCGCCCUGGGCCUGGGCCAGCGCCCCGCCGGGGGUCUGAGCUGCGGCCCCGAGCGCCUACUGCGUGGAACCGGGACGGACGCGCGCUGCUGUCGCGGGUGCGCCCAGGGUAAGGCGCGCGGGGAGCCUCCCUGCCCUGAGGCCGACUGCACGUGUGUGGAGCCCGGGUUCCACUGCGGGGACCCCCAGUGCACCAGCUGCAAGCAUCAUGCCUGCCCGCCCGGCCAGGAGGUGCGGCCCCAUGGGAACUUCGAUUUCGGCUUUGAGUGUGUCGACUGUGCCACAGGGACCUUCUCUGGAGGCCAGGAGGGUCGCUGCAGACCCUGGUCAGACUGUUCCCAGUUUGGGUACCCCCCCGUGUUUCCCGGGAACAAGACACACAAUGCCGUGUGUAGCCUGGGGCUGCCGCCCGCUGAGACGCAUGACACGCUGACCGUCGUCCUCCUCUCCGUGACCGCCUGCGUCCUGGUCCUGAGUGCGGCCCAGCUGGGCUUGCACGUCUGGCAGCUGAGACGGCAGCGCGUGUGGCCCCCAGAGACCCAGCCGCUCCUGGAGGCACCGCCGCCCGCCGAGGACGCCUGCAGCUGCCAGCUCCCUGAGGAGGAGCGGGGGGAGCCGCUGCCCGAGGACAAGGGCCUGAGGCACCUGUGGGUGUGAGGCUGCCUGUCCUCCGACGGCGGACCCGGAGUCGGACCCUCCCAGGACACGUCCCAGGGCUGGCCCGUGGGAACAAGGGCUCUGCACUCCACUGUGGGGCCCCAGCUCUGGGCCCGGCCCUGCUCCCCUCGAUGGUGGAAGUGGGUGGGGGGUGGUGACAGUGACCGGUCCCCCAGACCAUGCAGAAGAGGCAGCAGCUGUGGCCAGACCCCAUGGGGCGUACAGCCGCAGCCGUGGCUGCUUCCCUCCCUUGCUGGCCCUGUUGGGGUUGUGAUGUCUGUGGGCCCCUGGCUUCCAGGACAGGAGGCUGGGCCCGGUGCAGGACUGGGCUGCAGGCAGUGCUCAAUAAACACUUGUCCAGCGA